AUGGAGGGAUCUCUACCUGAUGCAGCUCCAAUGGUCGAUGAAGCUGAAUAUGAGUACAGAGAUACCCCUUUGGAUUGGAUCCUCAUCAAAGCCAUGAUGGAGCAAUGGCAUCAGGAGACUCACACUUUCCACUUACGUGUCGAAGAGGCGACGAUCACUUUGCAGGACAUUAUUGUUCUUUUCGGAUUAUGGAUGCACGGGCAUACCAUCAUCAGUACUGCACAGAUUAUCUGGCUGGAUCUAUAUGAGGAGUUAUUUGAGAUUAGACCGCCAGAGGCGAUGUUGUUGGAAUCUUUACUGAGAUUUCAUUGGCUUCGUGACACCUUCCACCACUUAUCAGAUGAUGAAAUCGUGCGGAGGCAUGCACGAGCAUUUACUCUUUGCUUUAUCGAUGGCCAUUUGUUCAUUGAUAAGUCCGAUUUCUACGUGCAGUUGUUGUACUUACUCCUGCUACAUGAUCUCGAUGCAUGUGGACAGUGA